AUGCUCCUCUUGGAUGAAGCUAAACGGUACCGCUUGGUGACAUGCGGCGAAGAGUCCCAUUUGGCGUACAAUCGUGUCGCACUCACGGACUAUUUUCAACACCGCUCUGUCGAGAAACUCUAUCUAAACCAAGUGGAGUGGUAUGCGCAACAAGAUCCGGAGCGCUUUCUUUUCCACACUGGAGAACAAGCUACCUCCUUAGACACCGUCGCGCAUUCUGUUAUAACCAGCAAAGGGCGCAAGAUAAGUUAUGAUUACUGCGUUCUUGCUACUGGUUCCGAAAGCACUCUCCCGCCAUAUGUUUCCCCAGUUAGGGCUGAGCGAGCUCGAGGAUUAUUUGUUUAUAGAAACAUCUCUGAUCUCGACGAAAUAUUGUCGUAUUCUGAACAAGAACACGUUAAAGGUGGCCGAGCUGUUGUCGUUGGAGGCGGUCUUAUCGGACUGGAGGUCGCGAAAGCAGUGUUUGAUCUUGAGACCAUAUCAGAAGUCGUGAUCAUCAACCGUCAAGUCUUCCCGCUGUCGCGCCAACUCGACGAUGAAGGUGGAGAAAUUGUCCUUCGACGGAUUGAAGCUAUGGGUGUGCGAGUCCUCACUAGGACGACUGUCAAAGAUAUCAUCACUUCAGAUGGAGUCCUAACUGGCCUCAAUCUGUCGGAUGAUCAAUAUCUUAAAGCUGAGAUGGUCAUUCAUGCUAUUGGCAUCACCCCUCGAGACAACUUGGCCCGCCAGGCGGGCCUGAAAUGCGCUGAGAAGGGAGGCAUAGUUAUCAACGAUUUGUUGCAGACCAGUGCCCAAGACGUCUAUGCAAUCGGCGAGUGCGCGAGUUGGAAGGGCAACACUUAUGGUCUCAUUGCUCCUGGGGUGGAGAUGGCUGACAUACUGUCAUUCAAUUUCACCCAAGUUGAGACUGAUCUCGGUGGCUUCAAACCAAGGGUGAUGAAUAUGCCCGACCUCUCAACAAAGCUGAAACUGAUGGGAGUCGAUGUUGCCUCCUUCGGUGAUUACUUUGCCGACAAGCGCAGUGCACGGGGUGUCCUCACCAGUAAGGUGGCAGUGGCAGAGUCUCUUACUCGAGACAAAGCCGAGAAAGCCAUCGACGCGAAACCUAUUGCAUGGCAGAUAAGUCCUUUGGAAAGCAAUUGCAGCAACACGGUGAAGGAAGGCGAAGUUGCAAUCAACACUGUCACUACGGGGAUGAAGCACGGAAGCCGCCAGACCGCACUCGAUGGUCCUACUGAGUGCUUGACUUAUCGUGAUCCGUUCUCGUAUGUCUAUAAGAAGUACAUCUUCACCGCCGACGGCAAAUACCUAUUGGGUGGCAUGAUGGUCGGUGAUACAUCCGACUAUGUGAAACUCGUGUCCUUGGUCAAGAAGAAGAUCUGUAGUUGCCACAAUGUGGCAAAGGGUGCGAUCGGCGCAUCCGUGAAAGCAGGCGUCACCACUCUGUCAGACCUCAAGGCAAAGACAAAAAUUGGUACUGGAUGUGGUGGGUGUGUGCCUUUAGCCACAAACAUAUUCAAGGCGGAGAUGAAGAAAACAGGACAUGCCGUGUCGAACCACCUUUGUCCCCACUUUGGUAUGUCUCGGCAAGAGCUCUUCAGCGUCGUGAAGAUACGCAAGUUGAAAACAUUCCCAGAGAUUAUGGAGGUUGCCGGUGUCAAGAAAGAUUCACUCGGAUGCGAGAUAUGCAAGCCAGCUAUCGGUUCCAUCCUGUCGUCAUUGUAUAACGAGCUCGUGCUCGCACCUGUACACCACGCCAACCAAGACACCAAUGAUAAAUACCUUGCUAACAUUCAAAGGAAUGGCACAUUUUCUGUCGUUCCUCGAGUUCCUGGAGGAGAAAUCACGCCGGAUAAACUCAUUGUUCUCGGACGAGUCGCAAAUAAAUACAAGUUGUACACCAAGAUCACAGGAGGGCAGCGCAUCGACCUUUUCGGGGCUCAUAAGCAAGAUCUCCCGGACAUUUGGGAAGAACUCGUCGCUGCAGGAUUCGAAAGUGGACAUGCUUAUGGAAAGGCCUUGCGCACUGUAAAGUCCUGCGUUGGUACUUCAUGGUGCCGCUACGGAAUCGGCGAUUCUGUUGGAAUGGCUAUUCACCUUGAAGAACGGUAUAAGGGCAUUCGUUCGCCUCACAAGUUUAAGGGCGGUGUGAGCGGUUGCGUUCGAGAGUGUGCCGAAGCACAGUCCAAGGACUUCGGCUUGAUCGCAACUGACAAAGGAUGGAAUAUUUUCCUCGCCGGAAAUGGUGGAUCAAAUCCGAGACAUGCAACGCUGUUUGCUAAAGAUGUUCCUCCGUCAAAGGUUGUCCAGAUCCUUGAUCGUUUUCUAAUGUACUAUAUCCACACUGCGGACAAGCUCAUGAGGACUGCAAGAUGGGUAGAACAGUUUGAUGGUGGCAUUGAGCGACUCAAAACAAUUCUUCUUGAUGACGAGCUCGGCAUCUGUGUGGAUCUGGAGAGGGAAAUGGGCGAACUUAUCGGAUCUUAUGCAGAUGAAUGGAAAGCUGUGGUCAAUGAUCCUGCAAGGAGGCGUCAGUUCCGUCAGUUCGUCAACACUGAUGAACAUCGCCCUCAAACGGAAGUCAUCAUAGAGCGAGGGCAGGAACGUCCAGCAGACUGGCCGAAACAGUUCCCUCCCGCUAAACUUGGUGAAUCAGUCAUCGUUACUCCUAAAUCUGAGUGGGAGUGGCGAAAGUUGGCCACUAUCCACGAUCUUAUACCAACUGAUGACGCCACCACGUCUGCUGCUGUCAAGUAUGGUGACUCGCAAUUGGCUGUUUUUCACAUUCCCAGGCGGGGCUACUUUGCCACGCAACAGAUGUGCCCACACAAGCGGGCUUUCGUGCUCGAUCACGGAAUUGUUGGCGAUGACCUGGAUGGCAAUCUCUACGUCUCAUGUCCUUUGCACAAACGGAACUUUCGCCUUACAGACGGUAAAUGUUUGAACGAUGAAAAUUUUUUCAUCAUUCCGUUUGACGUGAAGCAAGAAGGCGACGAUCUCUUCGUGCUCCUCCCUGAUUCAGACAAGUUGGAUGCAGCCAUUGGAACAAGUAAAUGGAUGGUCAAACAAGCUUCGGCUGAGCUUUCUUCACGUGUGUUGGAAUCGGUCUAUCUGAAAGUGGGCCUGCGUGCGCUGAGGGGCAAAGUUCGUGCAGUGGAAAUGCGUCGUUGGAUUGGUAAUCCGAUGGUUACUGUUGUCAUUUAUAUUCGUGCACAAAAACAGCUGUAA